GGCGGGGCGAGGCCGGGAGACGCCGCCGCCAUUUUGUGAGCAGCGCGCGGCGGACGGGGCAGGCGGGUCGCGAUGGUGAAGCUGUUCAUCGGGAACCUGCCGCGGGAGGCGACGGAGCAGGAGAUCCGCUCCCUGUUCGAGCAGUACGGGAAGGUGCUGGAGUGCGACAUCAUCAAGAACUACGGCUUCGUGCACAUCGAGGACAAGACGGCGGCCGAGGACGCCAUCCGCAACCUGCACCACCACAAGCUGCACGGCGUCUGCAUCAAUGUGGAGGCCAGCAAGAACAAGAGCAAGGCCUCCACCAAGCUGCACGUGGGCAACAUCAGCCCCGCCUGCACCAACCUAGAGCUGCGCGCCAAGUUCGAGGAGUACGGCCCCGUCAUCGAAUGUGACAUCGUCAAGGACUACGCCUUCGUGCACAUGGAGCGGGCCGAGGAUGCCGUGGAGGCCAUCCGGGGGCUGGACAACACCGAGUUCCAAGGCAAGCGGAUGCGCGUGCAGCUGUCCACCAGCCGGCUGCGGACGGCGCCCGGGAUGGGAGACAAGAGCGGCUGCUACCGCUGCGGGAAGGAGGGGCACUGGUCUAAGGAGUGCCCGGUCGAUCGCCCGGGGCAAGUGGCGGACUUUGCCGAGGCCUAUAACGAGCAGUACGGAGCCGUGCGCACUCCCUACACCGCGGGCUAUGGGGAGACCGUGUAUUACGAUGAGGCCUACGGCGGGAUGGCCGACUACUACAAGCGCUACCGCGUCCGCUCCUACGCCACGGCCUCGGCGUACGACGCCUACGCGGAGCAGACCAUGGCCCAGUACUCCCAGUACGCCCAGUACUCCCAGGUCCAGUCCUCGGCCAUGGCCGCCACCACGGCCAUGGCCGGCCGCAUCCCCACCACCUUAGACGCGUACGACCGAGCGCUGCUGCCCACCCCGGGCGCGGCGGCCGCCGUCGCCGCCGCCGCCGCCACCGCCGCGGCCGCCGCCGCGUCCUCCACGUAUUACACCCGGGACAGGAGCCCCCUGCGCCGCACGGCCGCCGCGGCCAGCACCGUCGGAGAGGCGUACACGUACGAGCGUGGGCAGCUGUCGCCCGUCUCCUCGGUGGCCCGGGCGUCCCUCUACGACAUGCAGCGCUUCGGGCGGGACCCGUACGCGGACCGGGCGCGAUACUCCGCCUUUUGAGCCGGAGGUAAGAUUUGUGCGGCUGGACGUCGGGGUCCCGUCGCACGCCGACUCGGCGCCGCGCGUCUCGGGCCGCGCCGGGUGCCACCGCCGCCGCGUGCCGCUCCCGGGCCCGUUCCUUACGGACGCGCGGCUCGUCCUCAGCCCGGGCAGGAUUAGCUCAGCCCCUUCCCCAGCUUCCCCCGCCCCCCUGGGCAGGAUUUUGCUUUUCCAGGUAGUUUUGGGUCCCCACCCCAGGCUCAGGUGUGAGCGCGCAGCCGCAGCCGUCCCCCAGCGCCAGCUUUGCUUUGCUUCGCCGCCCCCCCUGCUCCCCCGGAGCUCUUCCCGAGUCGUCGUUUUGCCUUUUUUUUUUUUUUUUUUUCCUUUAUUUUUUAAGAGGGUGGAUAAUCCAGUGGUAGGUUUUUAGCCCAACGCUGUAGCUGACCGGAGGCCGCCGCGCCGCGCCGGCGGGGGUGGAACCCCCCGAGUGAUUUAGAGUCCCCCGACCCCACUUUCCGGUAAAAUAAAACUCAAAAUUUUUAACAAACGG